AUGGCAGUUGGAUCUGCCAGGGACAAGUUCCCCAAUGACCUCCUCCUAGUCCAGUUCCUCCGCUCCGCAAAGAGAUGCGCCGGCCAAGGACCCUAUAUCCAUGACCACUUUGGGUAUGAAAAGAGCUUCGAGGAGCUCAUCGCAGACAUUUUGCGCAUGCGCGACCUUGUGCGACAGCAAUUGCCGGCGUCUGCAUUCACCGAACGAGGCGUCUUUAAGGACGAGACUCCGUAUGUUGCUGUGCUGACAAGGAGUGGCUAUGAGUUUAUGGUUGCCUUUUUUGCGACUCGAGUGCUGGGAGGAGCACCCAUUCCCUUUGGAUCUGGCAUUCUCCCGGAAGAGGCCCGAUACUUCGUCAACAGCUCCAAAGCGUCGUGUAUACUCGCGGGACAAGAUUGUUACGAGAAAGCCGAGCGAAUUGCCUCCAUCUCCAACGGCCCGACCGAUUCCAAGACUAUAUCCAUACCCAUUGUGUGCGACUCCGAGCCUGUAAAAGAGAUUGACGUUACCAUCGACGAGACGCUCAACAUGGAUCCUCGGGGGCCUGGUCUGGUGAUUUUCACAUCUGGCACCACCGGGCCUCCAAAGGGCGCUGUUCUACCCAGAAUCUGCAUGGUUUUUCAGCCGGAUGCGCCUGCAAACUGCCAGACUGUUUGCUUCCGGCCUCCUCACUGGCUUGGCGGUGCCAUCAGCCUGGUUGAGCCUAUGCUCACGGGCAAGCAGGUUCACAUACUUCGGGAGCGAGCCGGUGUAGAGUAUAUCUGGAAAGCCUUCCGCAAUCACCAGAUCACGGGAACAGGAUUUACGCCAGGCGUUCUGCGCGAGAUGAAGGAGUGGCUGGAGACUCAGAACGAGGAUGAGCAGGAAGAGUAUCUCAAGGCGUUUAAGAGGAUUGGUGUGAUUCAUUGCGCUGGCGCCAUGGUCUCACCUUCGGUAUUGAAGUUCUGGAAGAGCAGAACGGGAUUGGUCUUUAACAAUGUUUACGGAUCAACGGAAGUUGGAGGGCUUGCAACAUUCAAGUGUCUUGACGGCACAGAACGAUCGGAUGCGAUCGGUGUCGCAUUUCCAGGCAUCAAAGUCAAACUGGCCGAUGGGGACCACGGAGAGAUUUGCGUCAAGAGCCCAUUCAUGCUAACACACUAUAUUGGUGACGAGGAAAAAACAAAAGCUGCAUUCGACGACGAGGGGUAUUUCAAAACGGGAGACUUUGCAGAGCUGAAAGAUGGCGAAUACAUUUUCUCUGGCCGCGCCAACACCGACUACAUCUUGUUUCGCCACUAUCGCAUUCCUAGCGUUCAGGUAGAGGUCGCACUUACAGCUCUCCCUUAUGUGACCGAAGCCUGCGUCCUAGGCGUACCGGACCACGAAGCGAAACAAAUAUGCGCCGCCGUCGUACGCCUCACUCGCGAGCAAGAGCAGUUGCAGAGCAGAUAUGGCGAACGAAUCAUCGACCUCGCUCGCCUCCGUGCCGACAUGAACGAGACGUUGCCGAAAUAUAUGCUUCCCGUGCUGGUCAAGAUUCUUGGCCCUGGAGAAGAGAUGCCGCAGACGGUGUCACAUAAGCCUAUCAAGAACCAAAUUAUUAAGAAAUGCUUCGGGGUGGAAAAGUCGUGGUCUGCCGAGAAUUCCAUCCCCGGGGUGGAGUAUUGGGGAAGCAUGCCUGCUCCAGAAGAGGCAGACACGAAGCUGUGGGAUUGGCUUGGCUUACAGCGAGCUGAUUUCAAGGCCGAGGCAUAA